AUGGGCUUCGUCUCCGGUUUUACUGGCGGCGUCACGCUCACCCUCUCCGUCGCCUACCUCUCCGCCCUCGCCCAUCAGCGCAACCGCGAGCGCCAGGGACAGGCCCUGCGCGCCCAGGCCCUCGAGCUGCAGACCAUCAUCGACCCGAUCCCGCUGCCCCUGCCGCCGACCCGGUCCGAGGUGGCCGCCGAGCAGCGCGCCGCCAAAGUCGAGGUCCUCAAGGAGAAGUGGAACGACGAGGUCGGCCGCGCCGUCCGCUGGGUGCAGACGACCGACUGGGACGAGGUCCGCCACGGCGUGCAGUCCCAGGCCGGCUCCCUCUGGGCCCGCGUGACCGGCGCCACGCCCGAGCAGUCGGCCGAGGCGGCCAAGGGCGUCGCGGAGAGCACGGCCCGCUCCAUUGAGCAGUCGGCGCGCGGCGCCUUCCAAAAGGCCAAGGCCGAGGCCCGCAGCGUCGAGGAGGCCGCGCAGAACAAGGCCCUCGAGGCCCGCCUGCAGACCAAGAAGGCGACCAAGGCUGCGGCCGACAACGUGGCCGAGACCGCCAAGGAGGGCGCACAAGAAACGGGCGGCUUGCUGUCGUCGCUGCUGGGACGCGGCAAGGAAAAGGCCGCGGAGCUCGCCAGCAGAGCCAAGGAGGCUGUCGGUCUGGCGGGCAGUGCUGCAGCGGCUAUUGACGGCGUGAAUCUGACCACUGGAUCGAGUGCUGUCGAGAAGGCCUUGCACCAGCGAUACCAGAAGACGGCGGCCAGGGACACCAGAACGGUGGCUCAGGUGCUGAAGGAGAGAUAUAUCCCAGUGGACAGUCGUGACAACACGAACCUGCGGGGCCUGUAA